AUGGGUGACCUUGGAUUCAGAAAGCCAUCUCUGUUCAAACGAGACCCGCCGGUGGCAGUCAAAAUGCUGCCAGAAGAGCCGAAACAAAAACAGGAGACUCCAGUCAAAAUGUGGUUCCAUGUCAUUUCAUUAUCUACCUGUGAAAAGCUUUGUGGCCCUUACAGAUUGAGGAGGCUGCUUCUGAAUAGGUCUGCCAAUGAUGUUAUGUUCCAUGUUGCAGUCCCGAAUAUCCGUCCAUUGUCAGAUGCCUUUAUGGAAGCCACUGAGCCAGUUUCGACUUCAGCUGCGUCUUCUCCGGAUACCUCGGGGCAAUCAAAUUCGUCUAGCAACUGGGCGAGGUUAACCUCCCCGCUGCGCCCGGCAUCACUAGCUGCCACAGAUGAUAUGCGGGAAGCAAGUCCAGACACCGCGUUUAAUAUUUUAGGAUACAAACAUGAUGGUGAACUACGUCAGCAGGGAACGAUACAUGACGCACAAGCAGCAGCUAUCUUUUCUCCAGCCAAGGACGAACACCCAAAACGCAAGCGGGAUGAAGAAAGCUCCUCUGACGACAGCUCGAAUGACGGACGGCCUUUGAAAAUUUCUAAGCGCAGCGAGGAUGACGUCCUAAGUCUCCAAUCGCUCUCGUCGGAUAGUCAUAAAACCUAUAAGCCGCAACUCGGGCGUCUCCCUGUCGAGGUUUAUGAAAAAAUCUUCGAAGAGCUGGAUUUGCUGGAUAUCAUUCACCUUGGCCUUACAUCGCGAUGCUUUCUUAGGCUUCUGGCAAAACAUCUUCGGUCAAACAUUACCGCCAACUUGGGACAAUGGGCAGGAGAGAGCAUUAUAUGCCUUGGAGGUGUGACUGAUCAAAACGACUUUCCACCCGUACUGUUCGACGACCCUCACCUUAGAAAGAUCUUCGCUCCACACCUGAACAAACUAGCCGACACUGAUCAUCCAACCCUGAUUGAAUUUUUACGUGAAUGUGGCCCUCUCCUCCCACAUGGACUGCGUACACCUUCGAACUGUGGCUUUCUCCAUUCGAAAUGGUUUGACGAUGAGUUUUAUAAGCUUCCCAUUACCGUUAUUAGCCAGAUGAUUGAAUUACUCUGUCCAACCGAGGGUGACUAUUAUCCACCAGGUGCUAAAUGGGUGCUUCGAAACCUUACCACUAAAGAGUAUGUUCACGACCCGGGCAAGGGGCUCGGAUUUGGUGACAUUAUCCUCUUGAGAACAUCUUGGGCCAGCAAGCCUCCCGCAGGGCUUCAAAUCAAUGACGAAGCCCCAAUACACCGGGGUAUAUGGGCUGGACACCGAUUCGAACUUGUACAGUGGAAGAAUCAUGACCGCGAAAUAGUCGCUGAGACCAAAUCUCGGAUGAUUAGGGGUAGCCCAGCUGGGAAACCAUGGAUAGAUGUUUCUGACGAUGUCAUCGGCGAACUCAAAGAGCUGUGGGAAUUCGAGUGUGGUCCAUAUUGGCAGUCUCUUACCAAACGACCCAUAGGCUAA